AUGAUCUUCAUUGUGGGCCUUUUGUGCGCUGUUUGUACAUCAGCGGUACCUCUCGCUAACCCUUCCGCGUUCCCGUUGAACGUCAGAGACGACAAGCCAGUGAUCUCCUUCAAUCCAGGCAUUGCAGACAACAAUGAUCCUGAUCAGAACCUAAUGGUUCAGGAGUCCAUUUUGAAGUUACUGAAACUUGGAAAUGGAAAAAUACUUCAAUAUACGCCGGUUUAUGUUCCGACAGGAUUAACUUGGGAGAACUAUCCUGCGAAUCCGCACUCCCUCGCAGACUCUGGCAUCUUCUUCGCUGUUGACGGUAUAUCCGCAGUUACUCGCCACAUAAAAGGGAAGAUUGUUCAAAACGAAAAUGGAAUUAUCGACGGGUACUUACGAUCUUCCACCGGAGCAUCUCUUUUAACGGUGGAGAAUUCAGUGGUGACUCAAGCGCAGUUGAAAAAGAACCCGAAGAAGAAAGGUGGUGCUCAAAAGGCGUCAUCGCUGCCACAAGUCUCUGAAGAGUGA